UGUCUUAUAGGUCAACCAUUGACACUAUGAAUAGGAAGACUGUUAUUAGUCAUAUCGUAAAAAUGUAAGUCUACCAAUACAAACUUAAAUAACAAAACAGUAAGCAAUGGGUUUUGCACUCGAAAACAGCCCAGAAAUCGGCUAACCCGGUAAAUACUGCUCUUUGAAAUAUAACUAAGGAAAAAAGAGCAUUAUAUUUACUAUUCGGUAUAGAUAUAUAAAUUCACAAUCAAGUAAAAAUACACCGCUCGCCAAAGGAUGAUAUUCACCGUCGUUCUGUUUGUGGUAAAAUUGAUUUGCUGUAUUGGUACAGAGCCAAAAGAAGGUGAGGUUCGGUUGGUUGACGGUACCAAUCAAUUGAAAUCGGAAGGACGUGUCGACAUUUUCCUCGAUGGUGAAUGGGGAACGAUAUGUGACGACGCUUGGGAUAUUUUUGACGCGAAUGUCGUCUGCAAGCAACUUGGCUUUGAAUCUGCCAGAGCAGCGUAUCCUAACAACUCGUAUCCUUCAGGAGAUAGUUUACCAAUUCAUGUAAGAGAUGUAUUCUGUGUCGGUUACGAAAAGAGUGUGUACGAAUGUUUAUUCCACAGAACUCAUCUUGAUAGGUGUGCACAUUCUGAAGACGCAACUCUUGCCUGUAACACACUUCGCCUUAUUGGUGGUGAAAAUGACGCAGUUGGUCAAGUGGAGGCACUGCUACCCCAUUCUCUAAGAUUCUGCCAAGACUCAUUCGACAAAACGUCUGCAGAAAAUGUAUGCGCAGAACUUGGAUACUCCAGUGUCGAAGAUUACAACUGUUGCGUCAACACCGAGAUGGAGACAACAUCUUUGAUGGAGUAUGCUACAAUUGAAUGCAUAACGUCAACGGAUAGAAAACUCUGUAAAUUGACCAAUGAGACAUGCCCAUCCCAGAAUUAUGCAUCCAUAAAUUGCAGUAUUGCGCCAAUCCGAAUUAUACCAGUUGGAAGCAACCCUUUGGAAGGACGCCUGGAGGUUCUUUUGGACGGUACCUGGGGGUCAGUGUGCAGUGACCUAUGGAACAAUAAAUCUGCGGUUGUUGCGUGUCGACAACUGGGAAACUUUGCACUGAAACCAGCGAAUGCAUUAAGAUUUUCGGGAGAUGUUGGUAUAAACAAGAAUGUUGCAUUUGAGAAUCUAUGUUGCAUCGGUGAUGAGCAGCAUAUUGAGCGAUGUCCAAUAAAAAGCAUCGGUCUGGAUUCACCGCCAUGCCAGAUGGACAAUGUUGGCAUGGUUUGCACAGAUAUCCGUCUUGUUGGAGGAAGGCCUGGUUUUUCAGAAGGACGCGUUGAGGUAGUGUCUAACCGUCAGUGGGGAAAUGUUUGUGCAGACUCAUGGACAAUACAGAACGCUGACGUCGUGUGCCGCCAGUUGUAUGACGUACCGGCCUACUCCAUCGGUGAUUUUGGUCAAGGCUCUAAUGACGUAUUAAUGUCUAAGGUAGACUGUGUCGGUGAUGAAUCGAGCCUUACUAAGUGCUCAUAUUUGAGGCACACUGAUGAUAGUAACGUCUGCAAUACCAAUAUGCAAGCAGGAGUUAUCUGUCAAGAUCUGAGACUCCGGAGCGCAACCAAUACUUUAAACGUAGGUCAAGUGGAAAUUAUGGUGGACGGUAAAUGGGGCAGCAUUUGUGGCCAUGGCUGGAGUAUCAAAGAGGCCAAUAUUGCAUGUCGUCAACUAGGCCACUGUUCGGCGUUGCGUUCGAGCAUAGGAGAACAUCGAUUAGAUGUCGAUCGAAUGCACUGGACCUCAAUCAGUUGCCUUGGUAACGAAUCCAUGCUACGAGAUUGCAACUACGAAAUCGGAAAUGGACCAUGUUAUAAUUUUCUCUUCGAGGCUGAUGUAACUUGUAUUGAUUCUUGUCCAGACUUACAUGUAAUUGACAACCUUAUUGUUGAAUCUGGAAGGAAUGAAUUUCGUCCUGGCGAUACAGCAAUAGUGCGAUGCGAGGAAGAGUUCGUACUAGUAGGAUCUCAUGAGAUGACUUGCCUCCAUGGAUGCCAUUGGGAUUCAAACAUGCCACUCUGUGCACCUUCAUCAUUACUCAAAUGCAAGUUAUGACUAGGCAGAGUGCGGCUGAUGAACAAGAUGACGAAAUUGGUGUUGAUGAUCAGUGGUGGCGCCAUCGGGGAAGGGGAAUUUCCCUCGUCUGACAGUCAUUGACCCCCGUCGUCCGACUCCACGACGAGAUCGUCGGAUCAAAAACAAUAAUUUGUCUAUCCAGAAAACGUUAUUUUGAUUACCAAUUCCUAAUAUUGUGGUCUGAAAGCACAAUUAGGGCUAUAAUAAGCCAUAAGAACUCUCUCUAUGAAACCACCACGGAUUAUUAUUCCGGGAAUCUGGCCAAGGCUUAGUCGGCCCCUUGGUUUGGACCCUAUGUAGUCAAAUUUCUGGAGCCACCGUUGUAGUUGAUGAUGGUGAUGACAUGACGAUGAAGAAGAUG